CAUAUAUGAAGUUCAAAUUAUCUGCCAAGAAGCGCCAGCAAAAAGAUGUUUUCCAAUUGACCUGUGCAGACACAAAAAAACUUAGUAAGACGUCUUUGCGAUAUGCUGGCAUUCUACUAGAGUUUAAGCCAAAGAAAAAGCCAUUUUCGGCUCUCGUUGGUCUUGGUGAAGACAAGAAUAUCAUGUGGAACAAAGAUUUAAAAUGGAAUGAAAUAUAUGGCAACGGAUUAUUGGCAUCUGGGAUGCCUACAAAUUCUCAAAGAGGUUAUGGAAAAUUGAAUCUUGUUAUUCCAAACGACAAAUGUUAUAAUCAGUAUGGGAUUGUCAGAUGUAAAAUAUAUUCGUAUACAGAGGAAAAGAACAAGAAAAAAGUUUAUCGACAAGUAUACAAAGAUAUGUCUCUUCCCUCAAACGUAGAUUGUGAUGAGAGUUCACCAUUCGUUGCAAACAUCACCGGACCAGAAAUUACACCUACGAAUAAGAAAGAAGAUUCAGAUGACAUUAUUAUUUACAUUUUCCUCUCUGUUGUAUUAUUAGCUCUUGUUGCAGGAGGUGUUCUCACCUGGCAUAUGAGAAAGACAAAGCAGAAGAAAAACGAGGCGAAAAAAGAAGCGGAAGUUGAAAUUGGAACUGCUAAGAAAAGACAGAGUGCAAAGAAAAGAGCUAAAAAGCCUGGGCCCAAUAAAAAGCCUUUAUAACUUCAAACUGGUGACAAAAAGA